AUGAUAACGUAUGUUACUGCUCAACAAACUUGUCAGUUAACUGAUCCGGAUAUUCUUGGACCCUACUAUCAUCCUGGUGCACCUGCAUCUAAAGAGCAACUUUGCGCCAAUUUACCGGCACAUGAUCGAUUGAUUUUAACUGGACAAGUACUCGAUUACGAAUCGAAAUGUGCACGUGGUGUUCCCAAUGUGAAAUUGGAUUUAUGGCAGGCUAAUUACAAUGGUGUGUAUUCUGGUGGUCAGAAUGCUAGUGAUUGGUGGUGUCGAGGUAUCAUUAACACAGAUUCCAAUGGCAAAUUUCGUAUUACUACUCUGUUCCCUGGCCGUUACGAUGACGGUGGUUACCGUCCGGCUCACAUUCAUUUCAAGGUUACUGCUGACGGUUAUCCAACAUUAGUAACCCAAUUGUAUUUCAAUCUUGAUUAUUAUCUCUCACCACGUGAUUCAUGCACACGCUGUCGUAGUGAUGCCAAAUCGUUGGUGGUAUCAGCCGUACAUCGUGAUGAUAUCAAAACGUUCGAAGGUAAUUGGAAUAUUGUCUUGUCGAAAACUCCAAGAGCUGUCUCACGAACGAUAACACGUGAAACAUUGAACCGAGGCUCGUAUAUUCACGUGAAAGAACAUAUCAUGCACUCGCGUCGCCCAACAACUAUCGGUGACUUACUCAAUAUGGGACAGUAA